GCAUCCAAAUUUAGCUAUUCUAACUCCUAAAUUCAGUCAUGGGGGACUGGUCUUCAAGUUUUGUUGUUUGUUUCUCUGUAUUUUUCUCAUCCGCCUUAUUCCUCCUACUAAGCCGAUGGAGGUCCAGCUACCGAAAGCUCCCUCCUGGACCACCGGGGUGGCCAAUUAUCGGCAACUUAUUGGAUCUCGGCCACGCAUCACAUCAGACCCUAACCCGCCUCAGAGACAAGUACGGUGACGUUAUAUGGCUCAAGCUUGGAGCUUUGAACACCAUGGUAAAUGUUUCCACUAAAGCGGCUACUGAACUAUUUAAAAACCAUGAUCUCGCCUUCGCCGACCGCACUCUGACCGUGCUCAUGUGUGUCCUGCAGGACUUCCACAAAGUCUCCGUAGCUCUGGCGCCAUACGGUUCGUACUGGCGCAUCAUGAGGCGCCUGGUUUCGACGGACAUGCUGACCGUCAGGCGAAUCAACGAAACCGUCUCUGUACGGAGAAAAUGCCUGGACAAUAUGCUGAUGUGGAUCGAAGAGGAGGCGCGGAGAAAACCAGGACAGGCAAUUCACAUCGCGCGGUUCGUGUUUUUGUUGGGAUUCAAUCUGUCGGGAAACCUGAUGCUGUCGCGUGACUUGGUGGAUCCGCAAUCAAAGGAAGUGUCGGAAUUUUUCGAGGCAGUAAAUAGGGCGAUGGAAACUUUGGGGUAUGCAAACAUGGCUGAUUAUUUUCCAUGGUUGCGGUGGCUUGAUCCACAAGGAUUGGAGAAGAAGAUGAAAAAGAUCCAAGGACAAGUCAUCGAAAUCGCUUCUAAUCUUGUGAGGGAGAGAAUCAAGGAGAAAAAAUGGGCAGCCGGGGAAGAGAGGAAGAAGGAUUUCUUGGAUUUGUUGCUUGAGCAUCGUGGAAAUAGCAAAGAUGAACUAGACAAAUUAUCCGAUCAUGAAGUGACCAUUUUCAUACUGGAAUUUUUUACGGCCGGGGGAGAAACAACAAGCAGCUCAAUUGAAUGGGCGAUGACAGAGCUCCUCCGCCACCCUGAGGUACUGACCAAGGCCAAAGCGGAGCUCGCCGAUGUUGUUGGUCCAAACCGUAAGCUGGAAGAGGCCGACAUUGACAGUCUUCCAUACUUGAACGCGGUAGUAAAGGAAACUCUAAGAUUACAUCCUCCUCUCCCUUUCUUGGUCCCGAGAAAGGCCAUUGAAGACACCAAUUUCAUGGGAUAUAACAUACCCAAAAACACUCAAGUUUUGGUGAAUGUUUGGGCAACUGGAAGGGACCCAAAAAUGUGGGACGAUCCUUGGUCCUUCAAGCCGGAGAGGUUCCUGGGAUUAAAGACCGAUUACAAGGGGCAGAACUUUGAGCUGAUUCCCUUCGGAGCGGGGCGGAGGAUCUGUGCUGGACUGCCAUUGGCUCAUAGAAUGCUCCACCUUGUUUUGGGGUCAUUACUUCACCAUUUUGACUGGGAGCUUGAAAAUGGUAUUACUACGGAAACAGUAAACAUGGAAGAUAGGUUGGCUGUAGCAAUGCGGAAGCUUCAACCAUUGCUAGCAAUUCCCAAAAUCACUGCAACUACAACAUCGACAUAAUUUGACUCGAGUUGGAGCUCCAAUCGAGUAUUAAGAUGGAUGGGAAAUGAUUUGAACAAGGGAAUGAUUAUGAUUAUAAGUAUAAUUCACAACUACAUGUAUUUUUUUU